AUGGCUGCCAAAUCCGUCAACCUCGAGUGCCGCAUGUACGAGAACGAGUUUCCCGAAGCGGACGACGUUGUGAUGGUCCUGGUCAAGGAAAUCCAGGACAUGGGCGGCUACGUCCACCUUCUGGAGUACAACAACUGCCAGGGCAUGAUCAUGCUUUCCGAGCUGUCGCGACGUCGCAUCCGCUCCGUCAACAAGCUGCUCAAAGUCGGUCGCCAGGAGGUCGCCGCCGUCGUCCGCGUCGACAAGGACAAGGGCUACAUCGAUCUCUCCAAGCGCCGCGUCGCCCCGGAGGACAUCUCCAAAAUUGAGGAGAAGUGGAACAAGAGCAGGACCGUCCACUCUAUUGUAAGACACGUUGCAGAGACCGUCGGCAUCGACAUGAUUCACUUGUAUCAGCGCUGGGGAUGGCCCUUGUAUAAGAAGUAUGGACAUGCUUAUGACGGCUUCCGUAUGGCCGUCAAUGACCCGGACUCUGUCUUGGAAGGCCUAGAGAUUACCGACAGGGAGCGCGAGGAGUUAUUGAGAAAUGUUACCCGCAGGUUGACCCCGCAGCCCAUCAAACUGCGCGCCGAUAUCGAGGUCACAUGUUAUCAGUUCGAGGGGAUUGACGCCGUCAAGGCAGCGCUGAAGGCGGGCGAGGCCGCUGGCACGGAGGAGUGUCCCAUUAAGAUCAAGCUUGUUGCCCCGCCUUUGUAUGUAGUCACCACGGCUAGCUUGCAGAAGAGGGUCGGCAUUAACGCCCUCUCUACUGCCCUGGAUGUCGUCAAAAAGGAGAUUAUUAAGCGGAAGGGCAAGUUUGUCCUCAAGAUUGAGCCUCGCACCGUUUCGGAGAAGGAUGAUAGGGACUUCUCAUCCAUGAUGACAGAACUAGAAAAUGUGAACAAAGAAGUUGCAGGUGACGACGAUUCGUCAGAAAGUGACAGCGAGUAAAGUGCAGCUUCGUUUCCGUCGUCAAAAUUUUGUCUUUAGCGUGUGCGCAGGAAAAAGUUGGCUGUCUUGCAUCCUAGCGACUAUUAAACAUAUUGCUUUGCUA